UGACACAAUUUUCUUAAAUUCUUGAGAAUGUUUUUUUAACACAAUGUCUAUUUUUUCAGGUUAGUCAUUCUCAAAGCUUAAGAAUUCCACCUUUAAAAGUGUGGAUUCUUGGCAAAUCUUCUGGAGAAGUCAUAACAGCUCACUGCAAUUGUAUGGCAGGUUGCUCUUCGGCAUGUUCUCAUGUUGGUGCUGUACUGUUUGCCUUAGAAGUUGGUGUUAGAAUCCGCGAGUCAAAAACAUCCACUGACAGAGUAAAUGAGUGGUUGCCUCCACAUUCAAGAGUUCUUGCUCCUCGUCCAUUAAAGGAAAUAGAUUUCAGUUCAUCAGUUGCAAAGUAUAACCGCAUGACUGAUGUAAAUGCUAACCAAAGUGCAAUCAAAAAGAAAAACAUGAAGGUAACACCUAUGACUGACAGUGAGCUGGAUUCAUUUUUGUCAGAUGUAACAAAAUGUAAUCCACAAGCUUGCAUUUUGGCUGUUACACCUAGAUUUUCUGAUUGCUUUGUUGCAAGUGAGGAUAUACCUUUUCCUUUGAUGUUUGGAAAUCUUUUUAAUCCAUCUCUUGUUGAUCUGGAGUGGCCUGAGCUGGAAGAAUACUGUUGCAAACUGUUUCAAGAGUUGCAACUUACAGAAGACCAGAUAAAAAACAUAAGUGACUUGACAACAAAGCAACACAAACAGAAAGUUUGGUAUCAGUAUCGAGCUGGAUGCAUAACUGAAUCUAAUAUGAAAGCAGCAUGCCACAAAAAUUAA